AUGGCGGCAGGAGGAGGGCUUUCCGGUGCCCAGUGGUUGCUGGUGGAAUGCCAGCACGCUGGAGAUGCUGAUGCAGUUCUCAUCCAGUUGGCCAAUGGCAGCUACCAGCUGGUCUUUGAUGCGGAGGUUCUUGCUCCCUUCGUUGCCGGCACGUCGAUGGCCCAGUUGAGUGUCACAGACGCCGACCUCGCUGAGCUGCUGCUACUAGAGGUGCUGGCAGCCAGUGGCACCCGGCCCAUGCUGGACACGGACACGUCGUUCUCCAUGAACAUCGGGAUCCUCAGUGAUGGACCGUGGCAGCUGACCUCGGAAUCGCCAUGGAUCCUGACGGGUCCAAGGUUGGAACUGGAGGCUUUUGAGAACAUCUCAGAGGUCAUUCUUCACCUCGCCCUUUUGCCCCUCUAUGCCUGGCCUGAGCGCCUGGAGCCCAGCGAGACCGCUGGCAGUCUCCUUCUUCCGGCCCUGGAGAUCCAGCUGAAUGUCAGUGAUUUGGAGUCCCUUCCCUUCCACUCGGAGCUGGCAUUGGAUCUUCAGGACGUCCGCAGCUUCUUUCCAACCUUCCCAGUGGUGGAGCUACGCAUUAUCGGAGAGGAUGUGAAUGGCACUGAAUUGGAGAUGGCAGCACCAGUCUCGUGCAACGCGUGGUGGAAGCCAGUCACGGCAGAGCUCUGCAGUUCCAUGUCGGACUGCUUUCGGACUGCUUUGGCCCGGCUCGUCCGUGGGGCCGUGGAGGUGGUGUUCGGGGCGGCGCCCUGUUCGGUGGGACUGGGAGGUGCCAGGGCGGUCUAA